CCCAUGAGUGUCGCAAACAGAGACGCACGCAGUGAUCACAGUGACACAUUCUUCCGAGAAUAACCACAAAGACCAGCCUAAGAUGGAUGAAAUAGAUGCCAUGUUCUCUAAUCUCCUGGGGGAGAUGGACCUCUUAACACAAAGUUUAGAGGUGGAAUCCAUCACUCCAGCAAGUGCACCCAGCAUGGAAAGUUUAGAAAGAGAGGAAAACUUUUUGUUCAACAAUCUGAAUGCAUCCCUUAAUGAGCUGGAGGACAAAGACUUGGAUGCGCUAAUGUCAGAGCUCGCAGGCGAUAUUGAUGAGAUCCCUGCCCACUUGCCACCACCCCCGCAGGAAUUUACCAGGAGUCCAAGCCCAACACCCUUAAACAGCAAAGUCACCGAUGCCAUUCCUCCCACUCUCACACCUCAGGCACAAUCCCUGCCUCCUGCACAACCUUCCAAACCGAUGUCACAGGAAGAUCUGGAAGCUCAGGCUAAAGCUGACAAAAUCAAGCUCGCUUUGGAAAAGCUGAAGGAGGCCAAAGUGAAGAAGCUGGUUGUCAAGGUGCUCAUGAACGAUGGCAGCUCCAAAACCCUCAUGGUGGAUGAGCGGCAGACGGUCCGUGAUGUGCUGGACAGUCUCUUUGAAAAGACGUACUGCGAUAGUAAUGUGGAUUGGUGCCUCUACGAAAGCAACCCCAGCCUGCAGAUUGAGCGGAUACUGGAAGAUCACGAAUUUCUCGUGGAGCCUCUGUCCGCAUGGACACGAGACAGUGAAAACAAAAUUCAGUUCCUUGAGAGAAAGGACAAGUAUGCAGUUUUCAAAAACCCUGAGACCUUCUACCUUUGGAAGAAGGACAAGGACUUUUUGCAGAAUGUGAGAGAAAAAGACAAAGAAAACCUUAUUGAAGAGAACUUCUGUGGGGCCUCAGUCAUUGUUCCUGACCUUGAGGGAAUCCUGUAUCUGAAAGAAGAUGGAAAGAAGUCCUGGAGACGGCGCUACUUUCUUCUCCGAGCAUCGGGGAUUUAUUAUGUCCCCAAAGGCAAGACCAAGACAUCAAGAGACCUGGCGAACUUCAUACAGUUUGACAACGUGAACAUCUACCAUGGUAUAGAUUAUAAAAACAAGUUCAAGGCACCGACGGACUUCUGCUUUAUCCUCAAGCAUCCACAGCUCCAGAAGGAGUCCCAGUACAUCAAGUACCUCUGCUGCGAUGAUGAGGCGACGAUGGCCCUCUGGGUAACCUCAAUUCGGGUUGCAAAGUACGGAGUGACUCUUUAUAACAACUACAUGACUGCCUUGAAAAGAAGCACUGCCUUGUCUAGCUGCUGGACAAACCGGGUGUCUGGCUCCAAUACGUCAGUGUCAUCCACUGCCCUCAAAACCGCAUCCCAAGGUGAAACUGCUCCAAAGGCCAAUGGCCACACCCCUCGGGCUCCUUCCCAAGCCACACCCCCAAAACCGGCCAUCUCAAAAUUUCCUAAACAGUGUGAAAUCAAGGUUAACAAUGGCGGAUCCUGCCUGCCACCCCCUUCAACCACAGAUGAAAUCCUGCCACCUCCACCACCUGAUCCCUUCCUGCCCCCACCACCACCUGAUCCCUUCUUGCCCCCACCACCACCUGAUCCCACCCUACCCCCACCACCACCAGAACCCACACUGCCUCCCCCACUGCCAUCCCCCACCAAGUCUCACCCUUCUGUCCAGCCACUGAAACUGCCCCCACCUUCAACAGUUGAGGACAGAUGGCUGCCACCUCCUCCAGACGACUUCCUGGAACCACCCCCUGACUUCAUCCCGCCUCCACCUCCAGCACACAUGAAGGCCCCCCGUUCUCCGGGAACGAAUCCUGUCCCGGGACAGAAAAAAGUGGCUCCUCCCCCGCCAAAGAGGACCACACCUGUGGCUACAGCACCUACUGAUGGAGAUAUGAUGUCAGAACUCAUGAAGGCCAUGCAGAAGAAAGCAGGCCAGUGAUGUCUAGACAGAGCAACAGCCACACCGUUGGCUUAAUAACUUAUUGAUAGUGAAAUAAUGAAUAGAAAAUAGUAGAGUUUCUCCAAUCUUGGAGGACUGCAUCAAACAGGGGGAAAAACAAGAAAAAAAAAAAAAAAAAAAAACUGGUAAAGAGCUUGAAGCAGGAAAUGGUGGCGUCAGACACGAUGAAAUGCGUUCACACUUCCCCCAUGAAUCAGAAAUGACAACUUUCAAAUGUAUCGUUUUAACUCAUGUUGGAAUUUAGAAUGGGACUGCUUGUACAUAAUGUAUAAACUAAAAAUUUGAUUAAAAAAUUAAAUAAAAAAAAAAAACUGUCACAAUCAAGAGGCUAUGUGACCAUUUCAGAGUAUUCUUGACCAUGGUAACAUUAUUUCUGUAUUGAUAACCACACGGAGGUCUGCAUUACAAUGCUUUACA